UAUUGCGAAUAUAAAAUGUCGCAUUUGAGAUAAGGUGGAAGGGCAGUUGCGAAAGUACGUCUAUAAAUGUCCAUUGAACUUUGGUGAACUAUUAGUCGCAAAUUAGGCCCAAUGAGAGCGAUUUUGUACCUUCUUGUGGCCGUUUUGGUGGCCACCAAGGCCGAGGAUUUUGGCAACACGCAUGAAAAACGCGAUCUGUGGCACAAAUGGCACAAGUGGCACAAGUUUGCCGAAUGGAAACACCACAAAAAAGAACCCGAAAAAAUCGUCAAGGUUGAAAAGGAAGUCAAAGUACCAUAUCCUGUCGAAAAAAAGGUUUUUGUUCCUGUGGAGAAGAAAGUACCAGUUCCGGUCCACGUUCACGUCCCUAAACCCUAUCCCGUUUACAAGAACGUCUUCUACGAGGAGAAAAAAGUGAUCAAGGUUCCAGUACCAGUCCAUAAACCAGUACCCGUGGAAAAAAUCAUCAAGGUACCAGUUGAAGUACCAGUGGAGCAACCCUACCCCGUCAAAGUCUACGUCCCGCAGCCGUACCCCGUCUACAAGGAGGUCCACGUCCCGGUGGAGGUCAAAGUACCCCAACCCUACCCCGUGGAGAAAGAAGUACCAUACCCUGUUAAGGUACCAGUUCACGUACCACAACCCUACCCCGUGGAAAAAAUCGUAAAAGUACCAGUUAAAGUACCAGUGGAACACCCGGUACCUUACGAAGUGAUUAAACCCUACCCUGUUGAAGUGGAGAAGAAGGUGCAUGUUCCAUACCCCGUUGAAAAACCAUACCCGGUUAAAGUUUACGUGGAACGACCGGUACCAUACCAUGUCGAGAAAAAAGUACCAUAUCCGGUGAAAAUCGAAGUACCGGAACCAUACCCCGUUGAGAAAAUUAUCAAAGUACCGGUGGUUAAAGAAGUACCGUAUCCGGUGGAGGUCAAGGUCGAACGACCAGUACCGUAUGAAGUGGUGAAGCAUGUUCCAUAUUACGUUGAGAAGAAGGUACCAAUUCCCGUGAAGGAAGAACAUAAGGAGGAAGAAGAAGAGAAGAAAUGGGAGGAAGACGAGAAGAAAUGGGACGAAGGUGGUGAAGAAGAAGGAAGAAAAGAAGAGAAGAAGGAGGAACGGUACGAAAAGAUCGACUUUCCCAAAUGGAAGGAAGAAGAAGAAAUCAUCGGAAAGGGGAAGUGGUGACGUAAUUUAUUCAUUGUUAGAGUGUUGUAACUGUUUCGUCAAUGUAAAUAAUUUUAUUGUUGUUUUUUAAAUAAUAAAGGAUUUUGACACA